UUGCGGAAGUUCAGCGUUACAGCGUGGUUAAAAUGUAAAGGCAAUGUUCCUUCAUUAGCGGAGACUACAUUCACGGUAAACGCUGCAUUUGUCAGCUCAACCGUAAAUUACUUUUACAAUUGUAUUUCACAAUCUAACACUUCAGCGAUAAAGAUUGAAUAGAGCCCUAUAUGUUACAAAUUCUGUCUAGGUGGCUAGGCAGCAAAUGUUAGCUAGGCUAAUGGUUAGGGUUAAGUUUAGAAGUUAAGUUAAAGGGUUCCGGUUAGGUGAAGUGUUAGCUAAAAUAGUUAAGGUUAGAGGAAGAGUUAGCCAAAUGGGUUAAAGUUAGGGUUAGCUAACAUGCUAAGUAGCUAAAAAGUAGUAAGUAGUUGAAAAGUUGCUCAUGAUGAGUUUCGAACUCGCAACCUUUGGGUUGCUAGAUGUUCAUGUUAUACGCCCACCCUACUUUCGUUUCUGCCUGAAGUAACCAUCUGUCUUAUCUAACCACAUUAAACGUAACAUAUACUAGUUUGAGUGUCCCGGAUUUAAAUUUGCCAUGUCAUAUGAAGCCAGGCUGGCAAAAAUAUGGGCGAAUACAGAUGAGUUGGCUUAGAUCCGUGGUAUUCAAAGUCGGGGCCGCGACCACUAGAGUGGUUGCAGGAAACUGGAGUCGGGUCUCCAAAGCAUUAAGAGUGCAGAUUAUUGCAUGAGCCAAUACACACACGUUUUCAAGAAAGAUGCAUUGUAUUUUAUUUUGCUAAGAGAUUAAAAUGUUAUGAAUUGAAGGUUAUUUGUUGGAGUACAAAUCGAAAUGUAAGGAUUUUAGGUUGUGUCAUGAGAUUUGGGGUGGGUGGGGUCAUUUUUUUUGUCUUGGCUGAAAAAGUUUGAAUUCCACAGGCUUAGAUUGUUGACAACAAAUUAACUAUUAACUAUAUAAAACAAAUACAUUUGCACAAUGAGCACUUGUCUCUCAAAUACAUUGUUACCUUUGUUGGUUAGCUAGCUAGAGCAUUUUUGCCAUAUUAGCAUGGACGUGACAUUAGUCAAAACACCUCAAAAGAAGACAUGGUAUCAAGAACAAGAUUUAUGUGUAUUAUUUUUGUUUAUAUACAGAACAAGAUAAAAAUAGUGAAUGGAGCUGCCUCCCAGGCGUGAACUCUGUCUGACUGCGAAGUUGGCUCAAAAUUAAGGGGACUUAAUUGAGCACGUGUAGUUAUGAGUACGAUUCUGUGUUUUCCCAUGCAGAAGUGAUUGCUUUUGAUAUACACGCUUUAUCUACCUUGCCAAUAAAACCUUGUUUGAAAAUUUAAACAUAGUCUAUAUUUUAUCUAAAGGGAUUGUAGCUUGUAUUUUUUUGGGACGAUGCACCAUGUUGCAUUGUUGACAACAUGACUGACGCAGAUUUCUGUUCAUUUGAGAAAGCGCUCUUCCCUCGUUCACAUCACGGGCCAUAGACCAGUGCCCCGCAAUUCAGCAUAAUCGAAUCGCCCAAUGUUGCUCGCAAUCGGCACACGGCCUUUUGCCCCAUUGAAGCGCGCGCAUUGUUUUUGUGACGUGAUCACAUCAGUCGUCUAUAGGUCCGUCGAAGAAAGUUUCUGGUUAGAAAUGUGGCUUGGUUAGUAUAUUUCCAAGAAAUAGCUAGGCUACGUACAGUAAUUCCCUUGAUCGCGGGUGAUCAACUUCGAAGAAAGAAAACACUUUGGAAUGUAUCGUCAGCAUGCAAAGUCUUUGACCCCAGGUGUGAAGCAGCUAGCUGACCUAGCUGAACACUAGGUGGGCCUACGUUUUGGGGAAAAUGCACUCCAGUGUUGAGGUGCCCCCAAACCCCCAUGUUGCCAGCAACCACAACAACAGUCCCGGAAACUCGGGUUCCCAGUAUGCCUUGUGUGCCCUGGGGGUGGGACUGGUGGCCCUGGGCAUUGUCAUGAUCGUGUGGAGUGUGGUGCCCUCCGACAUGGCCGCGAACAACAGCAGUGGCAAUGGAGGAGGGAACCCGAAACCGGACACUAGGGGGAGGACUUCAUCGGUGGCCUUUGUACUGGUCGGGGCUGGAGUGGCCAUGCUCCUGCUGUCCCUGUGCCUGGGGAUGAGGAACAAGCAGCGGGAGCAGCAGGUGCUCCUAGAGGCCCAGACUCUGGGGGCAGGCAACGAAGCUGCCAGUGAGGACGACGGAGAGGCGGCAGAGGAGCGAUCCCAGAGGUACACUGUGCCCAGCUACGAGGAGGUGGUAGGCAGCGGCGAGUACCCCAUACGCCAGAGCAACUUGCGCCACAGCUCCUCCCAGCUGCCCUCCUACGACGACCUGGUGGACGGUGUGCAGAUUGAGCUGGAAGGGUCAGAUGUCACCCAGACGUCACCCGCUUCCGCUAACCCUGCCUCCUCUGCUGUGCCUAACCGCCGCCCUGGGCGAACGGGCCUCAAGCUCCUUCCCCUUAAGAUCCGGAGGAUUAAAUCGGAGAAGCUCUUUAUGAAUAACACGGAUAACUCUCAGCCACCGGGAGGGUUCUCUAUUGAGCCGCUCACUCCGCCACCAAUGUAUGAGGACAAAGCACCCCAGCUCUGAGACUUGGCACCUUCUAGGUUUCAAAGCAGGUUACUGAAGCCGCUGCGUCCCACUAGGCGUGGAUUGGUUGUGCAGUGCUACUAUAGAUGUGAUCAGAUGGCCCUUGUCAUGCAUCUGUGGUUUAAUCAUCUCAAUGGCCCUUGUCAUGCCUACCUGGCUGAGGACUUUUCUUUAGACCUGCAACUCAAGGGCAGUGAGCACUUCCAUAUGUGAGGCACUGGCAUUUGAGUAGAUCUUUGGGGCAACUCUAAUGUUGCUGGACAGAGGGAACACUUGGACAGAGAGUACAUCCAAUUUCGGACUAUGAUUACAAGGACAUUGAAGCUCGGUUCAAAGGAUCAAUAUUAUUGGGGGAAAUACUCGGUGUGUCUUUGAUGCCUUUUAUUCCUUUACAACGAGUACUUACUCUGGUCCAAAUCUCCUUUUGUAUGCAGUUGACCAUAUUUUAUUUUCGUCUGUCUGAUUUAUAUUAUUUCAAGUUCCGUCUUCAUCCUCAGUCCAGUCAGCCACGUGUUAUAGAUGUAUUAUUCAUGUCUGUGUUUUUGUAUUCUGUACAGCUACUUAGACAGCUGCUCCUCACAUUUUGGGAGAAGUGCUAUUUGGCGACUGAAUCAAUGGCCGCCUUGCUCAGACAGACAGUGUUUGUGUGUUGCUGCCUGUGUUGCUCGUCAAUAGAGGACAAUUGCGAGAGACCGAGGCUCAUGGGUAGUUAGAAGCCUUUACCCUGUAGCCAUGGUGAAAUGGGGUUGGGCUCUGAAGGCAGUAGUGUAGUCCAGCUCUUUUCCUUGACUUUUUUUUUUUUUUUUUUUUGCUCAAUAGAGGAGAACACAAGGGGGACUUUCUCUGAGCAGCUGGGAGCUGGGAUAAUGGCACCCAUUGCUCACUCACUCAUCACUCUUGAACUAUUCUUCACUAGCUCCUUGACUGGCAGCACUUUCAUUAGGAGUAUUCAGAGAAUGAACUUCUGGUGUCCAUGGUUUGACCCCAUUUUGUUUAGUGGAGCGAAAAUACAUCAGUACCUAUCUCUCUAGCCUGUUUGUUUUAUGCUUAUGAGAGUAUGGAAAUUAGCGAGUCCAUGAAGUUUUUGGAAGUUAAGAAUGUUAUUUUCUUAUCAUACGGAUGCUAUUUUCUGAUAUCAUGUUGAUGAACCUGUUCAACAACUAUUCACCACUUUUUAGAUGGGAACACAAACUGUACACAACAGUAGCCUUUUUUGUGUAAGUGAACACUUAAUAAACUAGCAAAUGUAUACCUAUACAUACAGAACAACAAUAGGCUUUUUUAAUUAGAAUUGAAUUGUUGAAUUACUAUGCUAAACAAAAAUAUAAAUGCAACAUGUAAAGUGUUGGUCCCAUGUUUCAUGACCUGAAACACAAGAUCCCAGAAAUGUUCCAUAUGCACAAAAAGCAUAUUUCUCUAAUUUUCUGAACAAAUUUGUUUACAUUCCUGUUAGUGAGCGUUUUUCCUUUGCCAAGAUAAUCCAUCCACCUGACAGAUGUGGCAUAUCAAGAAGAUGAUUAAACAGCAUAGUUAUUACACAGGUGCAUGAAAUAAAAGGCUACUCUAAAAUGUGCCAUUUUGUCACACAACACAAUGCCUUAGAUGUUACAUUUUGAAGGAGCGUGCAAUUAUCAUGCUGCCUGCAGGAAUGUCCUUUAGAACUGUUGCCAGAAUUUAAAUGUUCAGUUCUAUACCAUAAGCUGCUUCCAAUGUCGUUUUAGAUAACUGGCCUCACAACCGCAGACUACAUGUAAUCACGCCAGCCCAGGAGCUCCACAUCUGUGCUGAAGAGUAUUUCUGUCUUUAAUAAAUCCCUUUUGUGGGGAAAAACUCAUUUUGAUUGGCUGGGCCUAGCUCCCAAAUGGGUGGGCCUAUGCCCUCCCAGGCUCACCCAUGGCUGCGCCCCUGCCCAGUCGUGAAAUCCGUAGAUUAGGGCCUAAUGAAUUUAUUUCAAUUAACUGAUUUCCUUGUUAGAACUGUAACUCAGUAAAAUCUCAGAAAUUGUUGCGUUUUUAUAUUUUUGUUCAGUACAGUUUAUACAUGUAAAAUAGCAUGCACAUCAUCUAUAUUUUAGUUUUAUACAUUGAUUUUGUACAAUAUUGUUGACGGUAUUUGUAGUUGUGAUGCCUAGGCAGUGCUGUGUGUGUGUGGGGGGGCGACCAGUUUUGGCUGUGAGGAAUCCGUGGCUUCAUACCAUGUUCUGUACUUAUGGGGACACUGCACUCUAAAAUGAAAGUUUGUCAGACGUUUUCAAACCUCAAAAGAAGCAUUAUGUUAAGCAACGUACACAUCCCAUUCCAUUGGUUUUGUAGAUCCAACGUAAUGUCACAACCCCAAAUGAAUGAUAACAAUGAGCACCAGAGAUGCUUAUCUGUUUAUGAAUGAAAAAUUGUGCCCGUUGUGCUCAUCUUUUCCAUUCAUAAACAGAUCAGCAUCAAGAUAAGCACCAUGGUGUCCAUCUUUUCCAUUCAUUUUGGGAUUGAGGAAUACAGCUGUAUCUAUACAAUCAAUGGUGUUGGACAUGGAUCCACCUUCACAUUAGACUUCUUUUGAGGUAUAAAAACAUCUAACAAACUUAGAUUUUGGAGUGUAUUGUCCUUUUAAGAAUAUUCUUAUGUGGAACAGAAACAUUGUUCAUGAGUUCAAUGGACUUUUCUCUCAACCAGCUGUAUGUAUAACAUUUAUUCACAUCAUUUCAAAUACUUAGCAUUAUUUGUAAACUAUAUGAUUUGCUUGUAUGUCUAAAUUUCAUUUUGUAUGUAUUGUGAAAGUAUGUAUUUGUAUGAGGAGUUCUGUCUGUUUAUGUUGACUUUGACGAGUACAGAAUAAUGCAUUAUUGUGUACAGUAAAGGAGUUGAGUAUGAAUAAUGUAAAAAAUAAAUUCAAACUAUUCCGA